AUGCCUUUCAAGAUCGCGUAUCACCGCGCUUUGAGCGGCGGAAGUGCCCAAAGAGAGCGGAACAUCCGAAACUGGUGGCGUGCCCUGGUUGAGAUUCACUCCAACUUGGGUCUGACAAAGGAUUCUGAUAGAAUACCUGCGCUCAUCGGACUUGGUAGUCAGGUAUCGAGGAUCUGUGGUAAGCCGGAACCACGAUUUGGGCAUUUUCUAGACGGUCUUCCAUUGGAUUUGGGAUGCAUAAAUCCGGUUCAGAUGCCACGGGAAGUUGCCGACGGCAUAAAGGUACACCCGGUAUUGUUGCUUGAGCCAUCACAACUCCUCCCGACCACACUGAGACUUCAAUGCACCGUCUUUAAAGGCUUCAGCGACAAAUUCAACACCCCCAACUUCCCCUUGACUAGAAGGUACUUGGCGGACAACACCUCGUCCAGCGCAGUAACGGAACAGGAGCCACACUAUAUCCUGCUGGUGUCAAGGGAAGAAGACCACACAUGGCUUUUCAUCCAUGUCAAACCUGUCGACCCGGGAAAAACGCAAUUUUACCGUCUAGGGCAAUUGGAGGUCCUGGCACCAGAACCAUUCUGGCCUCUCCUGUUCACAUUCAUCCUCCCACGCGCCAUCAACUACUACGCCGCCCUUAAGACCGCCUACCGCACCAGACCGCCGCCGCGCCCUCUGCCGAAGCGGACCAGUCGCGGGCUGAACGCGCUCUUCGUGUCGAUUUGCGUCUUUCUGUACGCGUCGUGGCCCCUGAGGGGCGAUAUCGCCGACCACAAUGUCUUUGUGGCCACGCAGUCACGGCUGUCGGUGCCGACCGACGUGCUGUUUGAGCGGUUGGCCAUGUUGCGCGAGAACGGGGUGCUCUCGGCCGCGGACGAGGCGUUGAGAGCAAAGCUGACUUCUCCCGCCCUUCGCCAACUCUACCUCCGCUUCGGGCCCUCGACCCUCCGAGACUGCCUGUUCUGCCACCCCGACGACCAAAUCUCGUACCUGCUGUACCACCUCCCGACCAACACGGUGCUCCCGCACCUCUUCCACGUUUUGUGCCUGGGCCUCGCGACCUCGGAGACCGUGGGCGGGUACGAGGCGUCGACGUGGCGCCGCGCCGCCGUCUUUGGCGCGCUCGUCCUCGCGGGCGCGGACGUGUUUUUGACAGCGACAUACGCGCCGCCCGUGGCGAUCAGCACCGUCGCGCCCGCGGGGACGUUCUGGCUCGGCACCACGGCGCGGUACCUGGGCCUGUGCGCCUUCGACAUCGCGGUGGCGCUGUGCAUCUACGUGUCGGCGACGGGGCGGUUCUACCUCUUCCCCUCCACAUCAGCAGGUGGGCCUGGUUCAGCGGACGCGGAACUCGCGCGCCGCCGCGCCGACGAGCUCCUCACGCAAGCCAACCUGGCGCUGCAGAUGGCCGCGACGAAUCUGCGCGCGUACUCGAUCGCACGUAACGCCGUGGUGCGCAACCCGGCCCUCAAGGACCGCGACGACGCGUACUGGCGCGCCGUGGUCGCCGUUGAGCGUGAGCGUGAGGGCGAAGGCACGGGUGUUGGUGGUGGUGACGACGACAACGACGACACCCUCUACGAGGACGAGGAGGUCCAGGCCGCGGUGGCACGCGCGUACGGCACCGGCGCGAUCAAUAUCGCCAGUGUGAGGAGGGAGGCUGAGGCGUUUGUCCGCCACGCGACGAGGGGGUUGGAUGGGUGA